AUGGCCCCCCCUAGGUCCCUUCUGAUGCUGGCCCUGCUGGCCUGGGCUAUUCUGGCUGACCAAGAGUCAUGCAAGGAUCGCUGCAACGAGGGCUUCAACCCGGAGAAGAAGUGCCAGUGUGAUGAGCUCUGCUCUUACUACCAGAGCUGCUGUGCCGACUUCGUGGCUGAGUGCAAGCCCCAAGUGACCCGCGGGGAUGUAUUCACUAUGCCAGAAGAUGAGUACUGGGUUAAUGGCCUCGAUUCGGAGACGGAAUAUCCCAGUGUCCCCACAGAGACAGAGAGCACCCCCCUUGACAGUAACCCACAGACCCCUGAAAAUACUCCUGAGCAAGGAUUUGUUCUGCACACUGAGGAAGAGAUCCCAGGACCAGAACAGGAGACCUCAGGGCCUGCCGUGGAGGCUCUAAGGCCUGAGAGCACCGAUCAAGAGAUCCCCGAGUCCUCAGCAGAGGAGCUGUGCAGUGGGAAGCCCUUUGAUGCCUUCACUGACCUCAAGAAUGGUUCCCUCUUUGCCUUCCGAGGGAAGUACUGCUAUGAGCUGGAUGAAUAUGCAGUGAGGCCGGGGUACCCCAAGCUCAUCCAAGAAGUCUGGGGCAUCGAGGGCCCCAUUGAUGCUGCCUUCACCCGCAUCAACUGUCAGGGGAAGACCUACCUCUUCAAGGGAAGUCAGUACUGGCGCUUCGAGGAUGGUGUCCUGGACCCCAAUUACCCCCGUAGCAUCUCUGAAGGCUUCGCGGGCGUUCCAGACAAUGUGGAUGCAGCCUUCGCCCUCCCCGCUCACAGCUACAGUGGCCGGGAGCGGGUCUAUUUCUUCAAGGGGAAACAGUACUGGGAGUACGAGUUCCAGCAGCAGCCCAGCCGGGAGGAGUGUGAAGAUAGCUCCGUCUCAGCUGUGUUUGAACACUUUGCCAUGAUGCAGCUGGCCGGCUGGGAGGACAUCUUUGAGGUUCUUUUCGGGAGCAGACCCUCUGGUGGUACCAGACCGCCCCAGUCCAUCAGCGAGGACUGGCCUGGUGUGCCCGAGAAAGUGGAUGCAGCCAUGGCUGGCCGGAUCUACAUCUCAGGCUCCGCUCCGCGCUCCUCCUUGACCAAGCGCACUAAGUCUAAGUCUAAGCGUCGCAACCGUAAACGCUACCGUUCACAACGCGGCCGCGGCGGCGGCGGCAGUGGCCACAGCCCCAAGUCCCACCGGAAAUCCCGUUCCAUCUGGCUGUCCUUGUUCUCCAGUGAGGAGAGUGACCUGGGAGCCUACAACUAUGAUUACGCCUUGGACUGGCUUGCGCCUCCCAAAUGCGAGCCCAUCCAGAGCGUCUACUUCUUCUCCGGAGACAAGUACUACCGAGUCAACCUUCGCACACAGCGAGUGGACACUGUAAACCCUCCCUACCCACGGAACAUCGCCCAGUACUGGUUGGGCUGCCCAGUCUCUGAUGUAGGAGUCUGA